AUGACCUCCUCCACUGAUGAUUCUUGUGACAUCUCUGCAGAGUUGUUAUGCCAGUCCACUACACCUACAAGCUCAGCAACUCAGACUGAAAGUGUGCCUGUGCUGUCUCAAUCUGGUUCUACAAGUGCUCCUGACAUCCACACUUCCUGUCCAACUCGAGCCUCUAGAUCUGCCACAGGCAAGAAGAACUUGACAUGGUCAGGUGCCAAUCUUCUUCACCUUGUCAUGAUCCUCUACAACAACAACUCCUACCAGCACACUCUGCUGCCAUCUCGAGAAUUGGCUGAGAGCGAUCCAGCCCUCAAACUUUGCAAACAUCCCAUUUUUUGGGAUAUCUCCAAGAUGAUUUUCCCAGGUGCAUCUGUUGAUCCCAAUCACAUCAAGUCCAAGCUGAGGUGGCUGCUAGAGACAUACUACAGGGAGAAGAAGAAGCUUUCACUCACUGGAGCUGGUACACUGCUGGAGGACAUGGAUGCAUCCAACCUGUCCUACAUAUCUCGCAUUGCCCUGUCAACAAAUCUUGACUUCACCAGCAAUGAUGAGCCUGACAUGCCUUUGAAUGGCUCAGCUGACAUACCCAUGGAUAUUUGUGGCAGCGAGCUGUACAAUCACAGUGCUCAUGGCCAUGGUUUGCCUCCUAUUCUCAACUUGAUCAAACCCACCAACCCCCCGGCUGCUGUUGCAUCCACUUCUGGUGUAUCCUUUGCUGGCACUGCCCAGCUCUCUCCCAGCACCAAGUGCAAGCGAGGUGCCCUUGAUCACAAGCACAACACACUUGCUGAAGCUUUCUAUCAUUCUUCCAUUGAUACCCUUCAGAUCUGCCUGCAGCUUGAACAGGAAUGCACCAGACACGAGAAAAUACUGGAGGCUGAGCAUACCAAGCACAAGGAGAUGCACCUGCAUCACGAGAGGGAGGAGAAAGAGUGCAAUGAAUGUGUUUGCACAUGUGAUCAUGAAAUGGUGAUGGAGAUGGUGCACCUCCUUGCUUCUCAGGCCAGUGUUGAACAGGAUGCUUGUCAGAACACCAGCAACAACAACAACACGGACUCUUCAUUCAAUCUUCCUGUCUUGUAG